AUGUUUAAGCGCACGCUGCCGUACACGACGCGCCUUACGAGCGCGCCACUUAUACACCUGCGCGCCCCUCUCGCGUCUAUUCGAAAGAGUCACGCGCUAUCGGUGGCAGCGACACGUGUCUGCAUGAUAUCAAUUUGGUUGCGGUUGUGGUUGUGCUGUGGGGGUGAUGAUGAGGAAAUGGGUCCGGAGGUGCACGACAAUAGGUUGGCACAAGCAUUUAGCAAGACGCUAUUCGGCCACUUGAAGGGCAAUGGAAAGGAAACGGACAUGGCCGUUUACCGGGGCGGAUGGCUAAAACUUUGUGGGGUUUCUCGUUGUGCGUAUCUACUUCGCCUGGUAUCUUCACGCGCGAGAGCGAAUUAA